CCCCGAAGCUCUGGAAUGAGCUGCCAGAGGAAAUAAGGCUCACAGAGUCAUGAAUGAUUUUGCGCUUCUUUACCGUGCAGCCUUUGCUUGUUCCUGGAGACCUGACGGACGAGGAGACGGUGAAGACGACAGUGGAGAAGACCAUCGCUCACUUCGGCCGCCUGGAUGUCCUGGUCAACAGCGCCGGUAUUCUGGCCAUGGGCAGCAUCGAGACGUCGGACCUGGCCCAGUACGACAGAGUCAUGAACAUCAACGUCAGAUCCAUCUACCAUCUGACUCAACUGUGUGUCCCGCACCUGAUUAAGACCAAAGGCUCCAUCGUCAAUGUGUCCAGCGUCAAUGGACAGAGAUCAUUCCCUGGUGUGCUGGCCUACUGCAUGUCCAAGUCCGCCAUCGACCAGUUCACACGCUGUAUAGCGCUCGAGCUUUCAUCGAAGCAGGUCCGAGUGAACUCUGUGUGCCCAGGUGUGAUUAUCACAGAUGUCCACAAGAGAGCAGGACUGGAUGAGGAGCAGUACGCUCAGUUUCUCGCCAAGUGUAAACAGACCCACGCCCUCGGCCGACCUGGCGAGGUGGAGGAAGUGGCCCACAGCAUCGCCUUCCUGGCGUCCGACGCUUCCAGCUUCAUUACCGGAGUCAACCUACCCGUAGACGGUGGCCGCCACGCCAUGUGCCCAAGAUAAGGCUGUGUAUGUUAACAUAGAGCAGUCUGCUAAUAUAGUACUUUCAAACUCU